CGUGCGGCGGCAACCGUCGGCGCUGCGCUGCUAGCUGCGACAGGGUGAAAGGAAGAGCCACGCGGAGAGCGUCGCCUGCUGCGAGUGCGGCGUACGAAGAGCGAAGCGGCGGCGGCGGCAGCAGCAGCAGCAAACACCGGGCGCUGUCGUCAGUGGCGGCGUCGUUUGAGCGCGGCGCUCGCGCGGUCUCUCUUGCUGCUCGUGUGUGUGUGCGCGUGUGAGUGCGCCAAUGGCCGCCGACGCUCCUGCAUCUUGCCUGUGACUAUCGUCGACGUCGUCGGGGGGUGGUGGUGGCGGUGGAGGCGAGGCCAAGCGACUGCGGCGCCGCCCUGGUGCUCACUGUGGGCGACGUCGCCGAGCCGCCGCGGCGAUCCAAUAUGGAGCUGGUGCGGCGGUCCAAGAAUUUCAGCGUCGCCGAAAGCGACGCGCUCAUCACGCUGUGGAGUGACCCGGAGACACAGAAGAAGUUCGACUCUGCCUACCGGCACUCGGUCAUCUGGGAGAUGAUCGCCAACAAGCUGCGCAUGCACGGAUACGAGCGCUCGUCCAUCGACUGCAAGACGAAGAUUAACAACCUCAAGGCGACGUACUUCAAGUUUCGCAGGAUCUACAGCGCCGGUUACCCGGUGGAAUGGCCCCACUGGCAGAAGCUGCAUGCCAUCCUGGGCAAGAGGCCUGUGCCUCACUCGUGGAACAACUACUACGACGACGAGCGCACCUCCGAGAGCAGAAUCAGCCGGACCGAGAAUGGCAGCAUGCAUUACGAUGAGCCGGAGAUUGAGUUCCCAGAGUUCCGGGCUGGUGACUUGCAGUUCCAGAACCUGCAGCCGAUCAAUAGGCUUCCCAUCGCACCAAAGAGAGAGCCCAUCGAAGACAUCACUCUAGAGCCCGAGGUCAGCAUAUGCUACGAGAAUGACAAAUGCAACAACAAGCGCAAGUCGCGAGAUGACACCGAGGAAGAGUGUGACCAGGAUCCUCGGAAGAAACGCAAAGACGAUGAGUUGGACCUCCUCCGAAGAAUCUUGAAGGUGGAGGAGGAGACACUCGAGCUGGAGAAAAAGCGAGCCCAGGAGGAGGCUGAAAUCAUGAAGGCUACUAUGAACUUCCUCGAGGCUGCCACCAACUUCAUGCAGCGUGAGAGAGCAGAACGGCCCCGCACAGCACAAUCGACGCAGGGCCCUUCUUCAUCUCGACCCCAGACGUCAUCGGGGUCCUCCUACUGCAACGGCGUUGGUGGCUUGCCCGUUGUGGGUGCGCCACUCUACACUACACAGCCGUCCUUCUAUUCCUCGUCUCCUGUAGACUCACCUGGCAAGACUGACCCGUGAGCUGAAAGGGCAUGGCACCGCUCCCUGGGGUGACAAAAAGUAGGCGGCAGUUUUUACAUCGUAAAACGAGAAAGAGACUGCAGAGCAGUGUCAGCUUUCUGGCUGCUCAAUUCUACCAGCCGCGAGAUGCGCCGAGGAUAGAGGAUACCUGUGAGAGUGCCCCACUCACUCGCCCCCACCCAAGGCUCCAGCGAACAUAGUGCUAAAGGAGGUGUGUGUGGAAGGGCGAUGGCGAGGAAGGGUGACGUGCCUCCAGUCAUGCCCAACUAUUCUACCACCACAACAUACAUACAUGGUCGAAGAGGGCUUGCGGGGAUCUUGUACAGUGACUUUCGCAUUUCAGGGACACCUGGACAGUCUCUUGAGAUGCCUUCCAGUCAUACCCAUGUGGCCACUGUGGGAAGCAUGGCCAAUUCUGUGCUGCAAUGGUCAGGCGAAGCAAAAAUGGCAGCUUAUGCGUUGACUCAUCGAGUCGUGGAUGACUGCACGUUUUGUCCAAUAACGUGUACCCUGCCUUCCUGUUUGUUUGUUUGACUGUUUGUUUGUGAUCUAUGUUUUGAUGAGAACUAAGGCGUUUCAUUCGUGUCUCGUUUGCAGGAGAAGUCUGCUAGAGUACCAUUAACUGUGCUGAAUAGUUCCUGAGUAUGCACAUUAUCCUAUGGAUAUUGCUUCGCUGUGACCAUCGUAAUGUGACCAUGUCAAACUGAAGAGGUUGGCAGUAUGGUAGAACUGUGGGGUAACAUCUAGCUUAAUGAAAGCUUGCCGUGAAGAUGGGUACUGUCUCUCGACUGUGCAAUGCUGUCAGGAACCAUCUGACAUAAGCUCUUUAACGUGGGAUGGUGAUAUAGGCACAUUGAUUAUGCUGCAAUAUGCAAGUGUAGUGUAUGCAGAACAUUAAUAGUGAAUUUUUUUGUAUUUAUUUAAUUGUUGCUGCUAUUUAAGCAGUUAUUCAAAAGCAUUAAAGCAAAUGCAAUAUUUUAUAUUUUCAAAAGCAUAGGCUGUCAAAUGCUUUGUGAAUAUUCAUUAUUUUGUGAAAUUAAGUUUCUUAUAGCAGAUUGCCAUCCUCUCGGAAUAUAUUUUUAAAAUUGAGUGAACUUGUAAACUCUUGCUUCAGGAAAAAUGCAUUGAUGUUAGUGUAUGAUAAAGUUUGAGAAGUCUGCAUUGUGCCUACAGGUAUUAUAGUCCUUGAGUGUCAAAAUGAGAAGGAAAACUGAUGCUGUCAAUCUUAAAAUGAGUCAAGGAUAUAGGAAUUGAUAGAAUAUAUUCAGGCCAUUCAUUCUGUUAGCCUUUGUGAAAUUUCGUCUAAGCCAGUUCUGUCUUCUAUCAGUAUUGUUUGAGUGAGUGGCGACUAAUAUUUAAAAAGUAAUGACUAUAAGAAAAAUUUAUUAUAGGCUGAACACUGGCUGAAGAGCCUGUAAUGUUCAUCACUAUAUGGUUACACACGGUUUGUUAAGUAGCAACAUCAGUUUUAUUUUAACUGUUGGUCAUAUAUCAUCUUGCUUAUUUCAUGAUACAUAAAGCAUACCAUCAGGUAUAGACAGAUGCAUCAAAUGCAGUCUUUAGACAACGUUUCACAAGGUAAUAGUUAGCCCUCUUAUAGGGAAUACACCUCCUUAACAAUAUGUCUCAUACUGCUGCAUAUUUUUUGUACUCUCAACAAGAAAAGCGACUAAUUUGAUCACAUAACUUAGUUGCCAUGUGCUAUAUUGCACAUUUUUUUGACAGUUUAAAUGUGGCCUCUUGCUGAACGUAGCAUUUCUUUAGUAACUGCUAGAAUCAAAUGCUAAAGGAAUAUUACAUCUCUUUUCAUUGUAGUGACGAUUUUUGUUUUAUGGCUAUCAGACAAAUGAAUGUACAGCAUAAUUUAAUGUAUGCCAUAUUCACGUUCCACAAACAGUCAAGCGGGGCUUUUGAAAGGACAUAUGGUGAGACAAGUUUUCGAGCAAUGAUUCAGUGUUGUUGGGACUGCCAAACUCGUAAGAAAUGUCUGGUGUAAGCCACCUUUCUCCAAACCACUUUAAGUGGCUGGCGCCAGGUGUUCUACGGCUCUGGGAGACCAUAGAAAGGCUGCCUUGAGUGUGUGUAGCUUAUCUCAUAGCCAGUAAUUUAUAUUAGGCAUGUCAACUUUCUAACAGGAAGCACACUGGGAGACUAUUAUUCAAUGCGCCACUCUAGCAUUACACAAGAAGUUCGCGGGUGUGGUGGUUUCUUUCCUGAUGCUCUCAGAAUAAACUGAUAUAUAUAUAAAUAGCUAUACAUGCAGUAAAUACUUAUAGACGAUGAUGUUAUGUGUCUGCUUUAGCUGGUUUUAGGCAAUGCUUUCUUCCCCCUGAAUGCUAUCAGUAGCUUGCUGCUUCAGUGGUGAGCUACAAUGGUCUGUAUCAAAAUAUACUGUUGCCAUUGUUGUGGAAUGCUGUUGACAUUGAGUGAAAGAAUGGCACUGAAGAGGGCAGCCCCUUAGCAGGCACUCUGAGCCAGUCUAUUGCCAAGCUACUAAAUGUCUUCUUGAGGAAGCCUGUUGACCACAUGCUGCUUGUAUAUGGAAAAUGUAUUUGCAUGCAAGAGGUCUGGGCGCAACAUUGCUAACAUUUCAAAAGUUGUAUAAAAUGUGACAAUUUACCUUGUUAAAUGAAUCUGUAGCACUAUGUUCUUGUCUGCCAGAAUUUCACAGCUAAGUCGAGCUUCUUUAACUAUAGUGAAAGUAUCCUAUGAACAUUGCUUUACAUUUUGUUUCCACUGUAAAAUUUGUCUUAAAAAAUGUGUACCAAGUACAGUUGCCAGAGAGGCUAUUUCUUUUACUGGUUAGAUUCUACCACGUAAUGUUUUAAUAAUUGAUUUCAUUGCAGUUUCAUAGAGUAUUUUCAUUUGUUUUGCUUAGUGUCUUUACAGCCAGCACAAGCCUCAGAACACCAUUUCAUGUUUGUUAUGGGACACUAUGUUCCAUGCUAUUUCUUUUCUGCGUGUGCUGAUAAAUGUUCUUUACUUUUCUUUUGAAUAGGCAUUGUCAUGUGGAACAACAUUGCAUCGCAUUUGAAAAUUUUUAAGUGUAAGUAUCUGUGAAGAAAAAAGUCACAGCAGAUUUGUGGUUGCAAAGGCUUGCAGUAUGUUAACAGGAUGUGUAAAUAUUUAUUAGAGAUGUAAUGUGCCAGAAAAGUUCACAGUUACGAAUGGCAAUUUCUUCUGACCUUCAUUCACAAUGCAGCAUUUUGGAAUGUGUAUAACCAACUAUUUCUUCGGCCCCUGUGAACAACUUAUGUGGUUUGAAAGUUGCGUAGUGUCCAGUGGUUGCCUCCAAGUCUGCCCGUGCUAUUCUUGAAAACCCUGCUUGCGUCGUUGGGCACUAGACGAACUUGCACUUGCGCACAAACCUGUAUUGCUUGUUUUAUGCUUCCAAUAAGUAAACAAAGUUCUCUUUGCAAGUGUU